GUUCCGAACACUCAUGUCCUCCGCCUCCCCCGCUGCCCUCUCUGCUGCUGGCUCGUCGUCCAGCAAGUCUGUCGUCUCGCUCACGGAGCCCCUCACGCGGCGGUCGUGUAUCGCGAUACGGCACGCCUUGGAGGCUGCUUAUGGGCAGGCGUCGGAGCACGCGCUUGAUCCGGCGGAGGCACACGCCGCGGUGCUCGUCCCGCUCUGCAACGUGGACGGGAGGCCGGGCGUCCUGCUCGAGGUACGCGGGAAACUGAGAACGCACUCGGGAGAAGUCAGCUUUCCCGGCGGCAAGGUCGAUGAGACAGACCCAAGUACACUAGCUGCUGCACUUCGGGAGACGGAAGAAGAAGUUGGCAUUCGCCCUGAGCAAGUGGAGAUACUCGGACGCUUCGGGCCUCCCGAGACGUCGCUCAAGGGCCUGCGGGUCUGGCCCUGUGUCGCGUUCGUGCGUCCCGCCGGCACAGGAGCGACCGCGCCCACGCCCGAAGACUUGGACGCACCCCUGCCGUCUCUGUCACUCGCGACCCUGGCGCUGUCUCCCCGGGAGGUGGCGCACGCGUUCCACCUCCCGCUCUCCGCGCUGCUGUCCCCGACCCGCAUGCACUCGUACCUCUUCCGCGGCGCGCGCCCGUACUACGCGAUCAGCGUCGCGGACCUGGUAGGCGGCCCGCACGCGGUGCACUCGGACGAUGGGGACCCCGUGGUGCAGUGGACGAACGACCCGGCGCAGCGCGACGAGAUCGGCGGAGGGAGGGAGGGGCGGCUGGAGGUGUGGGGGCUCACGGGGUGGUAUCUCUGCUCGCUCAUGCGCAUCCUAGGCGUGUACGAAUAA